CAUUCUUUUUCGAGCACAUCGUCGAGUUCCUGCUCCCAAAAGAGGAGACCAACGAGAAAGCCGAUGUGGCGAAGCUGCUCAGUCAGUCAGUGAUCAAGAAGUAGACGAUCGGUGUUUGAUGGUGCACAGGCCCUCUGGGUAGCGUCUAGUGUGUAGUGUGGCGGACGGCCGUACUAAACCUCCGUCAGUGAGUAAAAAGAGAACAAAAAGCGAACAGUAUCAGCACGAAAAUGCUGAAAAAGUACGUGCUUAAGUUGACCAACACGAUCGGUACGGUGGACUAUCUCAAAAGGCGAUCGUCCACCCCGACGGAAGUGAUCCGCCAACAACAGCAGCAACAACAGCAGCAGCAAAAUGGUUCCGCAACGCAAAAAGGCUCGAGUAACUUCACGCGUACCGGCCGAAAGUGCUUGCGGCGCCGGUUCUCGAGCAUUUCCUCAGCCGACAGUGGCAUUCUGGAAGAGAUCGACCAAGAGGAUGAGCUACAGGCGCAGAUGCUGCAACGUCAGGAGCAACAUCAGCAAACGCAGCUGCUGGAGGAACAACAAGAGCUCGAUUCGGCCAUAGCAACACCCACGUCCGAAGAAGCCGGUGACGUUUCCGGUGAUCGUCCGGCAAGUGCCGGUUCCAACCGAUUCCAACCUCCGGCAUUCGAUACGGCCCUGCUAGCUGUACCGGUGGCGCAGAUCAUUAUAUCGACCGCGAUCGCGGAACUUCGGAGCGCGCUUCUGUUCUACCCAUGGUUCCACGGCAAUCUGUCCGCUAAGGAGGCGGAAAAGCUUAUCCUGGAACGAGGCAAGAAUGGUUCGUUUCUAGUGCGAGAAUCUCAAAGCAAGCUCAGUGAUUUCGUGCUGUCGGUUCGAGCGGACGAUAAGGUGACGCACGUCAUGAUUCGAUGGCAUGAGAAAAUGUACGACGUCGGUGGUGGUCAAAAGUUCGCAACCUUGUUCGAUCUGAUCGAGUACUACAAGCGGAACCCGAUGGUGGAAACCUGUGGCACCGUCGUCCAUCUGCGGCAGCCGUUUAAUGCGACGAGGAUCACGGCCGCAGGCAUCAACGAUCGCGUGGAGCAGCUGCAGCGUGAAAAUGGUGGCCAAUCGUACGGAAAGGGUGGCUUUUGGGAGGAGUUUGAAUCUCUGCAGCAGCAGGAAUGCCGGCACACGUUUUCACGCCGUGAGGGCCAACGGAACGAGAACCGCGCCAAGAAUAGAUAUAAGAACAUUUUACCAUUUGACCACACCAGAGUGAAGCUGAAAGACGUGGACAAUUCGGUGCCGGGUGCGGACUACAUCAAUGCCAACUACAUCCGCCAACCGACGGAGGCGGAACAGAACGAUAUGAGCUCAUCGUCGGAAAACCUGGCCCAAUCGGGUGGACCACUGAACAACGGAAACGCGGCCAACAACAAUGCCACGAACGGUAGCACGAACAACUGCAACACCUCAUCGAGCUACAGUGGGUUGGGUGGGCAACCGACGAAGAACUGUUCCAGUUGCCAGCUGCUCAACAAACCGUGUUCCCAGUGCUCCUUGAAGGCAUCGAGCGAGAUGAAGCACAAGCGCAACGAAUCGAUCACAUCCCGGAUGCAGUUGCAGCAGCAGCAACAGUCGCCCCACAAGCGGGACGAAAAGGACAUGUUUAAGACGUACAUUGCGACGCAGGGCUGCCUCACCAACACGAUACAGGACUUCUGGAACAUGAUCUGGCAGGAGAACACGCGCGUCAUCGUCAUGACAACCAAAGAGAUGGAGCGGGGCAAGAAAAAGUGCGAAAAGUACUGGCCCGAUCCGCAGCAAAGCAAGGAGUGGGGUCACGCCCGUGUGCGGUGUCUGAGCGAGACAAGCACGGCCGAUUACACGCUACGUGAGUUCUUGCUGUCGUGGCGUGGACAGGACGAUCGCAAGAUCUACCAGUACCACUUCCAGGUGUGGCCGGAUCAUGGCGUUCCGGCUGAUCCGGGAUGUGUGUUGAAUUUCCUGCAGGACGUGAAUACACGUCAGGCGCAGCUGCAGCUAGAAGCGUUGCAGCCCGGCCCAAUCUGUGUGCACUGUUCGGCGGGCAUUGGCCGAACCGGUACGUUCAUCGUAAUCGACAUGAUUUUGGAUCAAAUUCUGCGUCAAGGACACGAGUGUGAAAUUGACAUCCAGCGGACGAUUCAGAUGGUCCGCUCGCAACGGUCCGGCAUGGUACAGACGGAGGCGCAGUACAAGUUCGUUUACUUCGCCGUCCAACACUACAUUCAGACGCUACUCCAGCGGAAGCAGGCCGAGCAGCAGAGCCUGCAGGUUGGCCGCGAGUACACCAACAUUAAAUAUGCAUGCGACUCGAAUGAUCUGCAGCGAUCCCAGCUACCCCCUUCGCUGUCCACAUUAAGCUUAAAUACAAGACACGAGUUGCAGAACAGUCGAAUGCAGCACAACCAUACUAUUAGAUCAACAUCUGACUCGCAGCUGCCAUUACCAAGGACUGUGAAUGAUUUGAACAACUCAUUAUCAGUAUAUGAGAACAUUCGCAAGGAAGCUGUACGAGCACCACCGCCCACACCACCGAGAAAAUCAUGACAAAUGGAUUUUUAAAUAUGUAAGGCAAAAAGAAAAAAAAAUGCUGUGAAAAAGAAAAACCAUGGAAAUGUGAAAACCACCCUUUAUUAACGGGCGGGAAAAAAAUUCUCCAUAAAAUCUACGCUAACCUCCUUAUGACACAGGCAACCUGUCUACCUGUAUUGCAUUAUGUUGUGAAACGGCGCAAAAGGUGAACAAAAGUGUGCCCAAGUUUGGCGAACGUGUCCACCCCGAAGAAAGACAAAGAAUUUGUUUUCCAUAGCCCCCCGAUUAAGCGCACACGCACGCAAAGGAGAGUCUUAAGCGUCUAUUAGGGGAACGCGUUCCCUACCCCAAGCGUUGUUUAGUUUCUAGUAGUUAUGUACAAUACUAGUUUGAUAUUAAAGGCACAAUGUGAUGCGUUUGUUUUCCGUUUCUUGUUAACUGAUUAUCUGCGGGAACAAAACAAACCCCCGGGGGAAAGCGGAUACGUUACGGUAGUACACCAGAGACAAAGGUGCUUUGCACAAUAGAGGACGAAUCGAAUGCGAGAUGGAGUUGAUCGUUGGAUGAGGAGAUACUCGAACGAUCAGAGUCUAUAUUAGGGUAAUUGUAUAGGUUCCAUUUGAGGGGUUUAAUUUUUUUUACGUUUUCCAACAGGACAGGGCUCAUUUUUUUGUAUAAUGCGUCGUGGUUUUGAUUUUUGUUGGUUCAUUUUAUCAUCCGCAAAUGGUGAUAACACACACGUAAACUUACGGAAUAAGACGCAUUUAUAUGUUUCACAACGUGUACCGGGUGUGGAAUACUAAACUCUAAACCAACUCCUCCUAGUAAGUGUGUGUGUUUGUGAGUGUGCUAUAAAGCUUUGAUUGUGGUCAGGAAGCAGGAUCGCUAAAAGCUGUCGCCGUUGUCGCGUGUUUUCCAAUGACCAGCGGAGGCGUUUAGUAAAGCGCGAGAUACAUCCUCACGUUCAAUGUGCAUAAAUGUGUAGCGCUUACUCGACCUUUCUCCCAUUUGCUAGACUAUCGCGCAAGUAGACCAGAGCUGUUACGUCUGCAGGGACAGAAACAACCGAAGUAGAAUCGUUCUGCAGUGCAACGUACAUCCUUCCCUAAAAAAUAUAUAUAUAUGAAUCAUAGAAUAGAACGAAACAACAAAUUCUCAAUCGAUGAAGUCCAUGGUGUCAAGUCAACCAUUCGCAAAUCAAAUCUUUAACCAGAAAUCCAGAAGUCUAUUUUUGUACAUUGACAAAUUUCUUAUAGCGAGAAGAAAGCGAGCCAGUGCAGAGGUAUACCGGAGGAGACAGAUCGAGAGCGAGAGCAGGAUCCUUUCGAUGAGAUUUAUGAUGAUGAUAACAGAAUACAGGAAUCGCAACAGACGACGCGACGAAUAUCAUCGCGCAAGGAUGGCGAUAGAUUGUUGUACAUGCGUACGAAAGGCGCACAGGUGGGUGGGAAAAACUAGGACCAGAUACAAUAAACAAAAAGACAAAACCCGGCAUGCCGGCUCGCGCGCCACAAAGCAGAAAGAUCAGUUUUGUUGUGUCGAGUUGUAUGUAUAGUUUGUUUCUGCAAAGUACCAGUAGUAUCACAAUCAUGUGUCUAUGAAUCAAACAUUUAGCUUUACAUUGGGAGUUUGGAGCAGCACAUUAGCAGAGAGCACUUCGAGACUUGUUCGCUUCGUCUCGUUUGCUAAAUUUAUUGCUACAGCAGUCUCUUACAUGACUCUCCGUUUAGUGAACGCAGAAUGGAACAGCAUCUUGGAGCACACCCGCACGUGAUAUGAUGCUGUUUGUGAAUGUGCUUUGUGGCAAAUUAACCCUGUUCCAGCGUUCUUGCGUUUAGCGUGUCCUUUUCGUUGUGCGAAUCUUUCCCUAACCGACUAAAAACGUUUGCUUCAGACAUGUUUCCCUUCUUCUAUGCUUACGAUUUUGUUAUAAUUGUUAUUUAGUCAGUUUUACAAACCAAUCAUCGCUCAAUAAUUGUAUCAGGAUGCGAGAACUUUAUGAAAGUUAGGACAUUGUCAUUAUUAACCUCGAAAAGCAUACAAUAUAAAGCGGACGGAAAACACAAAAUAAAAAGCUGAAUGUGAUGUAGCGUUAAAUUUGAAACGGCAAGAGACAUUUAGAAACGAGGAAAAAAAACGAGAAUCCUAUAUUCUGUGUUGUGUUGCAGGGGAAAUUGCAAUUUUUCUCAAUAGUAGGAACUAUUUUGAAAUGGAACAAUGGAGCUCGAGAAAAUUACGUUUUUCGCUUCCGGUGACGGUGAAGGAGAAGAACGUGGUGAUUUGCCUAUCAGUCCCAGAACCUGUAGAGUGUACUACUUACUUCCGGAAACCCAGUUCGAAAUGAAAUUUUUCUUUCAAAUACGUUUGUGACCUAUUGGUGAACCCCGGAACGUUGGGUGAGAUAAUGUUGUACUCAUCGAAGGCCAAUUGAUGAAAAUCGCUAGCGAAGAAAAUAGACAGAUAAAUAAGCACCACAAGUUACACAAUAAACAAACAAUAAACGUUAUUGUAUGAAACCGA